AUGAUACUAAGAAGAGGGCCCCUGGGAUCAGACACCCCCUGUCUCUCCUUCAUGUUGGAAGAGGGGCAACAGUCGCACAGAACCGCCGUCGAGAAUUACCACGAAGAAGAAACGACUUUAGACGAAGGAGGGUGGAAAAAAAGCAGAGGAACUACUCCUGUUUACAACAACAUAAUGGAGCCAAAAUGGUCAAAUACCAUCUGCAAGCGUGUUCUACUGACUGGAUUUACGCUAUAUGUUGUAUUAGUUACAAAACCUACAUCGGCGAUCGACAUAUACGCCGACUCCGAAGUGAUUAUGCAGAACGGCACCACAGGAAUCCUCCGAUGCACCUUCAAGUCCAGUGAAGUGGUCAGCAGUUCCACCUCAGUGACCUGGAGUUUUCAGUCGAGUCAGCCCGACAAUCUGUUCUACAAAGCUCCGUACGUGAUUUUCUAUUUUUCCCACGGGAAAGGAUUCCCAGGACCAGUUGAGUUCAAAGAAAGAGUGCAGUUUAUUGGAGACGUCAACAAGAGGGACGUCUCGAUACAGCUGAACCCGGCUCAGUUCAGCGACAAUGGCACCUUCUUCUGCGACGUGAAGAACCCACCAGACAUCAUGGGAACGCCGGCUCGAACAGAGCUCAGGGUCGUUCUGAAAGAAUCGUUUCCUCAGAGCAACACUGCCCUUAUAAUCGGAGCAGUGUGCGGUGCUUUAGUCCUGCUCGUCCUCGUCGCUGUAGGUGCCUGCGUUGUCAUGAGGGUGCUUCACAACCGCCAUGAUUAUGAAGGAUGUACGUCCUUGGAAAGCGUGAGCUCUCAGGCUCCGCAGCCACGAAAGAAGGUGGAGUCUGGCCGGGAGGGCUCCAAGAGUACCAUUCCCUUGGGUCCACUACAGGGCCCGGUGAUAUACGCCCAGUUGGAUCACUCAGGCAGCAAAAACUCGUUCCAUAAGAUGGAGCCAGUGGUCUACGCUGACAUUCGUAAAAACUGAAGAGGAACUGGGGACCAAAAAAGAAAAAUAAAUAAAACACAGUAAAGUAUCAGACCUCUUUAUCAGCUGCUCUUGGGAUGGGUGGGAUUAUUUCAACAGGGACGUAAUUGAUGCAGUUUUAUUUUUAUUUUUAUUUUAUUUUUUUUUCAUCUCUUGUCCUCUGAAAGCAUGAUGCUGUUAUGAUAAAGUAAUGUCUCCAUGUACUUUAUUGUAAAGACAAAAAAAGAAACACCUUAGUGAACACAACAACACUACAUCAUUCCAUCACAUCAGCCUUGAAGUUGUUCUGCAGCACAGGGAUCAAAGUAAAAAUAAGAAUGCCUUCAUAGAUAUCAUUCCACGUGCAAAAACACUUCUCCUUAAUCAUUGUAACUUUGUGCCUAAAAAAAAAAAAACAGAAAAGGUUCUGCAGGCUGUUGCACCAGCUGAAGUUUGAUCGUAACGCCAAAACGCAAACUGUCUCGGCUGCAGGCGUGUUUAAAAAUAAGUAACAUCACACGGGAAGAUGUCGACGUUGUCAACACGUGUGAACAAGCAAACAAACAUUUGAUCAUCUUUGAUGACAGUGCAAACUACGGAAGCCCAGAGAGGCAAGUGGGGAAAAAAAACUGUUUGUUUUUGUAAUACUCAUUUUGGCCACAAGAGGCGGAAGUGCAUCGCUACCCCGGUCUCUACAGGACUAAAAGCAUUAAUGUUUUCUUCCAGGUGAUUUUAAAGUUCCUAAUGUACUGUAAACACAAGGUGCAAAUAUUAUGUGUUAGCAAGUUAUGUAACGGUACUGUUGUGUCUUUCUUGUGGCUAGAAAUGUAUUUUCUAUGUAUUACAAAAACAAACACAAAUACAAACUGACCAAAUAAAAGUUUUUUUUCACUUGCCUCUCUGGGCUUCCGUAGAGACACUGUAUCAAAGGUGAUCCAAUGUUUACUUGCUCAUAUAUGUUGAGAAAGUCGACAGUUUCCGCGGGAUGUUACUUCAUUUUUCAUGACUGUAAUUGUGUCUUAACAGUAAUUAAAGCAUCGUUGCAGAGCGCCACUCAAACAAAAUGGGAGAGAAAACCACUACUAACGAUAGUAUCCUAUCACAUGUGAAGUCGCUACACGACGGGACGUGCAUUUGUUCAUUCAUCAGUCGCCUCUGCUGUAAUUUGGCGUUUUUUAUUUUACUCAUUAAGACAAACUCUACUAAUAUCAACACGAGCAAACAAAAAAAACUUCUAAGAUAUUCAACUGACACCUAAACUUUGACAAGUUCCCGUUACAAACAACAUGUUGGUGGCGGCGGAAAAAUACCCCCAAAUACCAAGUAUGCAUUUGAAAGAAAGAAGAGUCUGUCAAAAUUAAGUUUUAUAUUUGUUACAGCACAGUCUCAGUCAAGACUACAGUCAUCCACAACCACAUCCCAAUACUAUUAAAACAAACUCACUUCAGUUAUUGUCAAAGAAAAGAAUCGAGCUCACCAGAUCUCCGUGUCUGUCCAGCCCGAGGACGGUGCGUAUUUGAACUUAUAUCUUAAAUCUCGUAACUAACUUAGAUGUCGAAGCCUGUUGCAGCUCCGACUCUUAAAAACACAUCCCGACGUUUUGAACUUUACCUGCAGCUGGUGCAACAGUGAGCUGAAGCCACAGGUCAUCUCCACCGCGGGGGCACUUCCAUUCGCAGAGGCGGAUUAACGUAGAGUUAGAUUUCACAUUGCCUUCAGUAACUUUGCAUGUAGUUUAGUAACAUCUACGAGCUGAACUUGGUACUCGUCAACUAGUUGUGAAGCAGAAGAAAAACAGUCUGACGUUGUGUUACUGUGAAUGCUUCAGUUCUCCGUUAAAAACAAAAAAACAAAAAAGAAAAACAAACACUCCUGGCAUGUUGUUAAGGUACCUUUUUAAAGACACCGCCUCCAUUUUGAGUUUCACCUCAGUUGAACAUGUUCUUUUUCUGCCUAUAUUUUUUAACUAACUUUUAGUUGCUCUGAUUGUCUGUAUAUGUUUAAAAAAAUAAAAAUAAAAAUAAAAAGAAGUGCAGAUGAACACAUGGUCAGUGCAACCCAGAGAGUUUUUUUUUUCUUCUUCUGCUUGGUUAAGUGUGAUUUUAAAGAUCAAAAAAAGCAGUUUGCCGCCGGUGAAAACUACCUGGGCAGUUUAUUUUUCAUCCUAAUUUUGAGUAAUUAUGAAUUAUGCAUGUUAAAAACAAAAUGUUCAACUGAGGUGAAACAAGUCUUCCUGUGAAAACACGGGAGCUUUUCAUUGUUGGACAAAAGAAAUGCUAAAUACACUGUUUGCAUGCAAUUUACUAACAUAACACUCAUUAUUAUGAAAAUAUCCAUCCUUUUUUUUUUUCAUCUAUGUAUUAUGUAAAGCUCUUUUUCCUUCCAAAAUAAUGGGCCAAAUAUCUAAUAUCAACAGUAAUAUUAGGUAAGUUCUUUUUCAGAUGCUUUUAAGCUUUAACAUGCAUUCCACAUUAAAAAGCCAAAUUUAUGUUAUUAUUUUUGUGAACGGUUCGGUUACCUAUGAGAAUGAUAAUUGUGUUGCUACCAGUCUUAAAACAAAACGCCUUCAGCUUCAGCUUGUGAUUUCAAAUGCAGUAAUUUUUCCACGUUGACCAGUAUUUGUAUAUAUUUCUUGCUCAUGUAAGAUAUAGUGCUGUUUACUGUAACUCAUUCCAGUGUGGUAUGGCUGCGGGUGUCUUUCCAGAGAAGGAAAGUAGUUUGCUGUAGAGGUCUAGAAAGUUGGCGGCAUGCGUAAAUGUUCUCUCUUUUUAGUCUUAAUUAUUUGUCACCGGACACUAUCAACGUAUACGGUGCCUGCAGGAAGUGUCGAGCCUGGUAGUUGAAGAUGGCUCGAAUUCAACUUUUCUUCAGUCGAAGGGUUGUACAACAAAAACAGUAAAAUAAUGUGACGUUUCUUGAGCUUUAACUCCAUGUUUGUUUCAAGAAACGACAUGAUAAUAGUUUUAAAAACAGUCUUUAUAACACAAGCCACUCGUCCUAAGGUUGAGUCAUUGUGAAUGUCACUGAUCAUGUAGAUUUGCAUUGCCUUUGUCUGCCUGUAUCAGUGGGUUUAUCCACUGCUGUGCUCACAGUUUGUACUUUACAGCUCUAAAAGUCUGUAACUAUAAUGUCUGUAAAGCCUGAAAAUGCAAACCAGUGAAUAGAGUGGAACUUUAUAAUCACCACCAUGACAGGAAGUAUGUCUUCCUCUGAUCAAAGUCCAUCAAGAAAAGAACAUAAAGUCAGUAAAAAUAAUAAAAUAAAACAACAUGCAGCACAAAUAAACAGCCAUUAUGUGCAAAAGUUGAUAAAUAAUAGAUGAAAAAGGAAGAAAAAAUCUUUAAAUCCUGUAGAUUUUUCUCCGUAUUCUAACGUCAUGGUGCAGCCUCGCCGUGCGUUACAUUACUAAACAAGAAUGUGAACAUGCUGACGCUGAUGCUGCAUUCACGUCAUAUCAUUUAAACUGUAAUUACAAGCAGCGGAGCGGGGGAAAAAAAAACCAAAACAAAAACCAUUCACUUCACCCUCCGACGUUUUAUCCCGAGUCUGGGCUUUUGGGACUUUCUGACACAUGAUGUUGUCAUCAACAGGCUGUCGGCAGAAUGGCUGUGAAUGCACAACUGGACACGAUAAAGUCCAACAGUUAACACUUGCACAAUCCUGUCAGCUCAUUUUAUAGGAUGAAGAAGAAGCUAAUUCAGGCUCAGUCAGAGUAUGGUGCAUUUAUCCUGUUUAGUGUGUUGACAAGCGCAAAGAGUAACUUGAUAUCAUGACUCUUGACUCUUGUGUUGGGGCGUGGUUGCAAAUGUUGCACCUGUAACCACACCCACUGCUGAUGUCACGGUGUACUGGCACACCCUGGAGUACGCGUCCACAUCGCUGCAGCGAGAUGUGACUUUAUUUUCAGGUGCUGCUAAAUACCACGUGCAAACUACACGACUACGUGACUCUCAUGUCCAUUUUACAUCUACAUUGUGCUUCUACAUUGUGACUGAAGAAAAUUUGAAUUCAGUCCAUUUUGACCUGACCGUGGCUUCGACACCCGAUACUGCAGGCGCCGUGUGCUCUUCCAUGUCUGUCGUCUCUUUUAAUGUUCGAGCCUUUUCUGUUGGUUCAUGUUUGUUAUUUUAUUAGUUAGCAUGUAUUUCAGUGUAUUCAACAAAAUGAAAAAGAAAACAACCUUUAUGAUACCGACAAACCUUUACUGCUGGUGGCUUUGCUCCUGUUUGUGACGUGUUGCCGUGUUUAGUGCUGUUGUAGAAAUCGUGAUGUAAACUAUAAAUUAUGAAAGAUUUCCGAUCCGACCGAGCUUCACGCGCAAUGUUUGGUUUGUUGGGGUCUUUAAAAUGUUGUGAGUGAGGGCGGGCUGCGGCGUUCACUCCACUCACGGCGAGUCUUAAAGUGCGUGCUUAGUGUUUUUUGAUGGUAAAUAGUUGUGUGUUAUUUGAGAAUUGUUUGGUAUGUUAUGUUGUAAAAUCUGCACUAUGUCUUGCAUAUCAAAGACAACAAAUGCCCUGUGAUUUUAUUUUUUUUUUUGUUUUGUUUUUGUUUUCGUUCAUCUCUGAAUGACCUUUGGCCUCUGUUUAACGUCCUUAAAACUGGAAUGUUGUACAUUUAGUGCCUUUUACAUUUCAUCAGCUAACUUGAACAUCUGCUCAAAAAUAGAAAAAGAUAAGAUUCAUUUAUUUUCCUUUUAUUGUAUGUAU